AUUCGAAGGACGGGGGUGGCCGCGGGGUGUGUCACCUGCGGCUCGGCCGAGCUCAGCCCCCGCUGCUGGGGCGGAGGGCGGGCGGGCCGCGGCUGCGCCGUGAGAGUCGCGCCGGGCCCCAGACGCCGCCAUGUUGUGCCGCUUCGCCGCCGCGGGCAGAAGCAGUGCCAAGUUGGUAGCACCCUUGGGGUGCUUGGUUUCUAGGCAAAAGCACACUCUUCCUGACUUACCAUAUGACUAUGCUGCACUGGAGCCUCAUAUUAAUGCAGAGAUCAUGCAGCUGCACCACAGCAAGCAUCAUGCCACCUACGUGAACAACCUGAACGUUGCCGAGGAGAAGUACAAAGAGGCACUGGCAAAAGGUGAUGUUACAACUCAGGUGUCGCUUCAACCUGCACUGAAGUUCAAUGGUGGGGGUCAUAUCAAUCACACCAUCUUCUGGACAAACCUUUCCCCUAAUGGAGGAGGAGAGCCUAAAGGAGAAUUGAUGGAAGCCAUCAAGCGUGACUUUGGUUCCUUUGCAAACUUCAAGGAGAAGCUGACAGCUGUAUCAGUUGGUGUUCAAGGAUCAGGCUGGGGGUGGCUUGGCUAUAACAAGGAGCAGGGCCGCCUACAGAUAGCGGCUUGUGCAAAUCAAGACCCUUUGCAAGGAACAACAGGUCUCAUUCCUUUGCUAGGCAUUGACGUAUGGGAACAUGCUUAUUAUCUUCAAUAUAAAAAUGUUCGACCUGAUUAUUUGAAAGCCAUCUGGAAUGUGAUCAACUGGGAGAAUGUAUCUUCAAGAUAUGCAGCUUCCAAAAAGUAGAGUGGAAUUCUUGCACAGACUACUAAAAUGUCACCAGUUCUACUCUGAUACCACUCUUGUAGUAGUGCUUGUGGCUUACAAAUGAAUUGUUCUACUGCAGAAAGCACUUCACUCAUCCAACAAAAGCAUUUCAUAAUCAAGCAAAGUGUCUGCUUGUUUAAUUCUGUGAAAGGUAUUUACUUAGAGUUCUGAAGCUUUAAACUUGUGCAACAAAGGGAGACACUUUAAUCUGUUCCAUUGCAUAUAGAAACAUAGGUCACCUUGCUGAAGCUUAAUGGAUUUCCUUGUUGCACUAAAAUACCUAAGUGGAAAUAUGUGCUACUGUUGCUAUAAACAAAUAAAACUCAAAAGAAGAAUCUUCUAUAA